AUGUCACUGCCUGACCUGGGCCAAGGUUUUGACGGGUGGCAGGUAUUGGAUCCAACUCCCCAGGAGAAAAGUGGAGGUCAAAUACCUAAUUCUAUUCAAUUAUUACUUUCUGUUAGUUAGAUCAUCAAGAUGAAAGAGGCGGCAGGUAGCUUAUUGGUUAAGAGCGUUGUGCCAGUAACUGAAAGGUCGCUGGUUCUAAUCCCUGAGCCGACUAGGUGAAAAAUCUGUCGAUGUGCCCUUGAGCAAGGCACUUAACCCUAAUUGCUCCUGUAAGUCGCUCUGGAUAAGAGCGUCUGCUAAAUGACAAAAAAAAGAAAAAAAAAGAAAGAAAGAUUGAAAGCUAAUGAAAACUAUGCUGUUUUAAUCUCAUUUUGACCUUUGAUUCUCUGAAAUAUCUGACUGUCAAAUGUUUGCCCUUUCAAUAGAUAGCCUAUUGAUCAGAUCAGACAAUUCUUCUGAAAUGUCUUUAAGUGAAUAGAAUGAUAACAUCUGCAACAUCUACAGGAAUAUUCUGCUGUAGUCGAUGUUCAGUGAAAGGCCUCAGAAAGCGACGUAAUGACGCUUUGUACGACGCUCCAUUCAUCUAUGCGUCGGUCAACGCGGACGUUGUCACAGUGAUAGUGAGGGAUGGUGUUGGGGACGAGUGUGUACACACAGAGGGUCGGAUCUCACUAAGAACGUGGGCUCAGAGAGACCUCAGAGCCUCUGUGCUUACAAGUGUAAUGAAAGUAAGACAGUGCUAACAUCAUGAAAUCCCACACAACUAAAUCGCAACUAUACAAAAAGUAUUCUGCUGUCAUGAUACAAAGGUCUGACAGACUUAAAGUACCCAUGCAACGUACCUGUAAAAAUGUAAAUGUCAAAGUGAAAAAGGUUGCUUUUCGUUAUUUCCAUAAUGUAUUUUGUUGUUUGUUAUCACACCUCAUCCUCUGUCCAUUUCUCUCUCCGUAGCAACAGUUCAGAGUUUGGAGGUUUCCUUGAAGAUUGAGAAAGAGCCAAGGUUGGGGGAGAACAUUUACUUGUGCGUCACUGUCACCAACAGGGCGAACGUCCCCAAGGUUCUGAAAGAACAUCUCAAUGCUCAAACAAAAGAAGACAAUGGCAGCCCACGGAACUCGUUCUGGGAGGCACACAAGCAGUUUCAUAUGGCUCAUGUGCAGGUAACAAGUCACAACCAGGGGUUUCAAUUGGGUAUGGCAGUCGCCAUACUCUAGCUCAACACCAACAAUUUUAAAUAGGCUACUAAAAUCAUUCCAAUCCCGAUUUAAGAAAAAUAUUUCAUCUGUUUUAAUUUAGACACCCUCUAUGCUCAACACCAAAUCCAGUAGUCUCCCAUAAUACAAUUGUUUGUUGUUCUUUUCAUUACUACUGUGCUUACAGUGUUACUGUGCUUCUUCCAGUUCUGACAGUUCAUCACCAGAUUCCACACUCUUGAGUAUGAGAACAUGCUUGUGGGUGAGGGUUUGCUUAACUUGGCGGUGGUCAUAAAGGAUGAGCGGACCAAAGAGUGGGUCCUAGCGUCAGAAGAGUUAAACAUCAUCACCCAACAGAUCUCUAUAGAGGUACAGUACGCUCUCUAACAACUUAUCUAGUCUUUACCCGACGUACCUCCCAGGCAGAGUCAGAGUUUCUGAAGUGCUUUUAUUCCACAGGUCAUCGGUGGAGAUAACAUUCAGCUGGAGAAGGUGCACAGUGCCCUGGUUUCUUUCAUUGAUGGUUUCACUAUUCCCUUGAGCGGUGCUGUGCUGACAGUGGAAGGCUCAGGCUUGAUGGAGGGCAAAGACCAGACAAAGUAAGUGAUCGUGCACCGGAAGACCAAGAAACUGAUUAUAUUCUAAACUGUUCUGAAAAAGCAAAUAAGACAUUGGGCUCUCUGUCUCUAUGAAACACAUUCUAAGUUUAACACUUUCUUUGUUUGAAUGACAACAAAAACACCUAUUCUUGUGGCUUGAGGAAGUAUUGUAGAAACGUAGUCUUGGUACGUCACCAGGUACAGUGAGGGAAAAAAGUAUUUGAUCCCCUGCUGAUUUUGUACGUUUGCCCAUUGACAAAGAAAUGAUCAGUCUAUAAUUUUAAUGGUAGGUUUAUUUGAACAGUGAGAGACAGAAUAACAACAACAAAAAACAGAAAAACGCAUGUCAAAAAUGUUAUAAAUUUAUUUGCAUUUUAAUGAGGGAAAUAAGUAUUUGACCCCUCUGCAAAACAUGACUUAGUACUUGGUGGCAAAACCUUUGUUGGCAAUCACAGAGGUCAGACGUUUCUUGUAGUUGGCCACCAGGUUUGCACACAUCUCAGGAGGGAUUUUGUCCCACUCCUCUUUGCAGAUCUUCUCCAAGUCAUUAAGGUUUCGAGGCUGACGUUUGGCAACUCAAACCUUCAGCUCCCUCCACAGAUUUUCUAUGGGAUUAAGGUCUGGAGACUGGCUAGGCCACUCCAGGACCUUAAUGUGCUUCUUCUUGAGCCACUCCUUUGUUGCCUUCGCCGUGUGUUUUGGGUUAUUGUCAUGCUGGAAUACCCAUCUACGACCCAUUUUCAAUGCCCUGGCUGAGGGAAGGAGGUUCUCACCCAAGAUUUGACGGUACAUGGCCCCGUCCAUCGUCCCUUUGAUGCGGUGACGUUGUACUGUCCCCUUAGCAGAAAAACACCCCCAAAGCAUAAUGUUUCCACCUCCAUGUUUGACGGUGGGGAUGGUGUUCUUGGGGUCAUAGGCAGCAUUCCUUCUCCUCCAAACACGGCGAGUUGAGUUGAUGCCAAAGAGCUCGAUUUUGGUCUCAUCUGAACACAACACUUUCACCCAGUUCUCUUCUGAAUCAUUCAGAUGUUCAUUGGCAAACUUCAGACGGGCCUGUAUAUGUGCUUUCUUGAGCAGGGGGACCUUGCGGGCGCUGCAGGAUUUCAGUCCUUCACGGCGUAGUGUGUUACCAAUUGUUUUCUUGGUGACUAUGGUCCCAGCUGCCUUGAGAUCAUUGACAAGAUCCUCCCGUGUCACCUUCUCACCAAGCUGCUUGGUGAUGGUCUUGUAGCCCAUUCCAACCUUGUGUAGGUCUACAAUCUUGUCCCUGACAUCCUUGGAGAGCUCUUUGGUCUUGGCCAUGGUGGAGAGUUUGGAAUCUGAUUGAUUGAUUGCUUCUGUGGACAGGUAUCUUUUAUACAGGUAACAAGCUGAGAUUAGGAGCACUCCCUUUAAGAGUGUGCUCCUAAUCUCAGCUCGUUACCUGUAUAAAAGACACCUGGGAGCCAGAAAUCUUUCUGAUUGAGAGGGGGUCAAAUACUGAUUUCCCUCAUUAAAAUGCAAAUCAAUUUAUAACAUUUUUGACAUGCGUUAUUCUGGAUUUUGUUGUUGUUAUUCUGUCUCUCACUGUUCAAAUAAACCUACCAUUAAAAUUAUAGACUGAUCAUUUCUUUGUCAGUGGGCAAACGUACAAAAUCAGCAGGGGAUCAAAUACUUUUUUCCCUCACUGUAUGCUCUUCUUAGUUGUCAGUUUCAUGGAACUAAUGCAUUUGGUUGCAUCAUAAGACUUCCACCUCUAACUAAAAAGGUCACACAGGUUGUGUAAUGCCUCAGACAGUAAGAUGAAACAAUAACAUACAAAUGCUGCAUAUAUAUAUUCCUGUGUUUUAUAUACUGUAUAUGGUUUUAGCAACAUUAGAAGGAAUAGGGGAGUUCAUGGAUCUUAUAGUGACAUCCUAGAUGAAUUGAAUACAGCCAUUCCUUGACAUUAUUUACUCCAGCCAUUCUCUAAAAGUAUUAGGGUGUACCUCGUGCAGCCAGGACAGACCAUGGAGAAAAAUGAUCAUUUCACCCCCACAACAACUGCCACCAAACUGUUGCAGGCAAGCCUGGUUUUCAACAACAGUCUCACAGCCAUCAGAAACGUCCACAAAGUCUCUGUUUCUGCAUAA